AUGUGGUAUGUCAAAGCUUCACAAUAUCAUCCCUGCCAGGUAUCAAAAGCUAGAGAUGGUCAAAGGAUAUCCGUUGCGGUUAUCCGUUAUCCGCUGGCGGGUAUCCCCUGGCUUCAUUGGAUACCCGCCAGGGGGUGCGGAUGUCCCGUUUCCCCUAAAAUUCAGGCGGAUAUCCGGGUAUCCCUUCCCGGUCAUAUACAGGCUGUCGGCUGUGGGCUGCGCUACGCAGCCCACAGCCCCGCGGCCCCACUCGGUUGCCGGCAUAUCCUAUACGAGUGGGAUGCCGAUACACCGACAUCCCACUUCACCGGCCUUCUCUAUCGCCAACUGACAGAGGACAAGGACGAAGUCGAUCGACCCCCCCUCCGUCACCAACUCCCCCUCCAAUUCCCUCCUCGCACGGCGUCGGCCUCACCAAUCUCCCCUCCAUCGGACCUUGCCGAUCUCCCCUCCAUCGGAUUCGAGGAUCGAGGCGCCCCUCCCCUCCUCGCACGGCGACGGCCUCGCCGAUCUCCCCUCCAUUGGAUUUGAGGAUCGAGGCACCCCUCCCCUCCUCGCACCGCGUCGGCCUCGCCGAUCUCCCCUCCUUCGAGGAUCGAGCCCCCCCCCCC